AGCUCACACUGUGAGAGCUUCAGUUCACCUGCCACCGCCUACCGAGAAGAGAUCAGCGCCGCCGCGCGCGAAGUGCUUCACUGGGGAGGAGCGGAGCCGUGCUGAAGUUGGCCGGCCGUGCCCGGCGGCCUCACGAGCUCUCCCUCGUUGCUCUACGCCGGGGCUGGGCCUUGUCCUCGUCGCGCGUACGUGCUCGCCGCCGACGCGGCGCCUGCUCGCUGCCCGUGCGGAACAACGGUGGCCUGCGCGCCUCGCCGGGCCACUCGCUCGUCGCGAACGAGAGCUCGGAUUGUUUAGGAGGCCUCAUCCGCUGUCCUCACUCCCCUGGCGAGCAAAAUCCCUCUUGAAAUUCCGAGGCUUCGCUUGAGGAUCUUGCUCUCCAGAGCUCAUCUGAGUUCCAGAUCCGUUUCGUCCCCGCCACCAAUUUGGUGCGCUCGCGAGAUUCUAUAUCACCGGAGAAAAGCCGGUGUGCUCCGUAAGGUCGGACAUCCUGAGAUUCAGUUGCGCUAAAGAAGAAGGAAGACGCGCGCGCGCAUGACGGGCAAAUGAGGAAGAAUCUGGGGCUCGGCUCGGGCCCCGCGCGUCCGUUCGGUGACCGCCGCUGGCUGCUCCCUUUCCUCGCCACCAUGCUCGUCACGGCCACGCUCCUACUCGCCGCCGCGUGCGGCCUCUUCUCGCCGCCGUACCCGGGCGGCGGCAGCGACGCGGUCUUGUUCGACGUGGUCUCCCUCGCCGACUGGGACGACGGCGGCUCGUCGACAGGCGGCGACGGCGCCCCCUCCGUCGAGGCGGGAAUCAAGAACCGGCUGCUGGAAGGUAACGCCGCCAGCGACAGCGAUGACGAGAACCCCGACGACGCCGCCGUCAACUCUGACGACUCCGAUGCCGAGCCGCCGCGGAUCGCGUACCUCCUCGAGGGCACCAAGGGGGACGGCCUGCGGAUGCGGCGGACUCUGCAGGCCAUCUACCACCCGCGCAACCAGUACAUCCUGCACCUCGACCUGGAGGCGCCGCCGCGGGAACGGAUCGACCUGGCAAUGUAUGUCAAGGGUGAUCCCAUGUUCAGCCAGGUCGGGAAUGUGCGUGUCAUCGCCAAGGGCAACCUUGUCACCUACAAGGGGCCGACCAUGGUCGCCUGCACGCUCCACGCCGUCGCCAUUCUCCUCAAGGAGGGGCUCCAGUGGGACUGGUUCAUCAAUCUCAGUGCGUCAGAUUAUCCGCUCAUGACACAAGAUGACAUACUUCAUGUCUUCUCUUCUUUGCCAAGAAAUCUUAAUUUUAUAGAGCACUUUCGGUUAUCUGGAUGGAAAGUUAAUAUAAGGGCAAAACCAAUUGUUCUGGACCCAGGGCUCUAUCUGUCCAAGAAAUUUGAUCUUACUAUGACUACUGAGCGGAGAGAAUUGCCAACAUCUUUCAAAUUAUAUACUGGUUCUGCUUGGAUAAUGCUUACGAAGUCCUUCCUUGAGUACUGUAUAUGGGGCUGGGAUAAUCUCCCACGGAACCUUCUGAUGUACUAUGUCAACUUCAUCUCCUCACCAGAAGGCUACUUCCAAACUGUCAUAUGCAAUUCUGAUGAUUUUCGGGGCACGGCAGUUGGCCACGACCUUCAUUACAUCGCCUGGGACUACCCUCCAAAGCAGCAUCCGUUGAUCCUCUCCAUGAAGGACUUCAACAGGAUGGUCAAGAGCGGCGCGCCAUUUGCGCGUAAGUUUCCCAAGGACGACAAGGUCCUGGACAAGAUAGACCGCGAGCUCUUGCACCGCUCGGAGGGCUGGUUCACCCCUGGAGCAUGGUGUGACGGGAGCUCUGAAGGAGGAGCUGAUCCAUGCCUGUCUAGGGGUGAAGACUCUGUUUUCGAGCCUGGACCUGGUGCCGAAAGGCUGCGAGGCCUGAUGAAGAAGGUGCUCUCGUGGGAUUACCGCAAUGGCAGCUGUUCCUCGCUUGCUUAUGAUCAGACGAAGAGGGACUGGUAUGUUCCUAAGAGUAGAGGAUAAUUCUGGUGUCUUGCUAUGCUUUCUUGUAAAUGCAGCUCUUGACUUGACCCCUUUCCAUUGAAAUGAACAACACUGAGGAACACAACCCGUUGACCAA